UCAAUGGUCAAAAUACCCAAAUUUAUACAAGUUCUCAACCUACGCCAUUGAAUCACCCUUCACAUCCCAAACACACCCAUUAAUACCAGAACAGGAAUCACCACCACCAACCCAAAAUUCAUAGAUUAGGAAUGCCAAUGGACCGAAACCGGAGACCCACAAGCAUUCUUGAAUCCCUUGGAGAAGAAAUCGUCAGAAUCAUAACACCAGUUUCAAUUUGCAUGUUGUUGGUGGUCAUUCUAGUCAGCAUCCUCAGCAAUGACUCAUCUUCUUCAUCAUCGAUCACCACUAUAGCCACGAUCGCUUACACUGAGGACAGCUCAGACUCAUUCUGGGACAAACUCAAAGGUGCCCUUUUGAACUCACUUGUAUUUGUUGCCGUUGUCACUGUUGUUACCUUCCUUUUGGUCCUCCUUUUCUACCUUAGAUGCACCAAGUUCUUGAAAUACUACAUGGGUUUCUCUGCUUUCCUUGUUUUGGGAUUCAUGGGUGGUGAAAUUUCUUUGUUCUUAAUCCAAGAUUUCAGCUUUCCUAUUGAUUGCAUCACAUUUGUGUUGGUUUUGUUUAAUUUCGCUGUUGUUGGAGUGAUGGCUGUGUUCAUGUCAAAAAUGGCCAUUUUGGUGACACAAGCUUAUUUGGUUGCUAUUGGGGUGUUGACUGCUUAUUGGUUUACUCUUUUGCCUGAAUGGACCACUUGGAUGCUUUUGGUUGCCAUGGCACUCUAUGAUCUUGCUGCAGUUUUGUUGCCCGGUGGGCCAUUAAGGCUCUUGGUAGAGCUUGCAAUGUCGAGGGAUGAGGAUAUCCCAGCUUUGGUUUAUGAGGCUCGGCCUGUUACUCACCAUGAAUCGGGUGCGAGACCUGGGGUAAUUCAGAGGAGGGUGUGGAGAGAUGGGAGGGGUAUUGGUUCUGAUCUGAAUGAAAAUACUAAUUCUGGAUCUAAUUCUAAUUUGGAUGCCAAUUCUUCAACUCUUGGAUCACUUUUAGCUGUAGGAAGCGGCCAAAAUGAGAGAAAUUCCGUUAAUAUUGAAGAGGGGUGGGUUAGAGAUUCUGAUCUCUCUGCACCAUUGAUUGAACAAAGACUAAAUGUUCAGAUGCAUUUACAGGAAAAUGUUGUGUCGAGGGAAAAUUUGGCGCUCGAGGGUAUUGGGUUGGGAUCAUCUGGUGCGAUAAAACUGGGGCUGGGGGACUUCAUCUUCUACAGCGUUUUAGUUGGAAGGGCAGCAAUGUAUGAUUUUAUGACAGUUUACGCAUGCUAUCUUGCUAUCAUAGCCGGUCUUGGUGUUACUCUAAUUCUCCUUGCAUUUUAUCAGAAAGCUUUGCCUGCUCUACCGGUGUCUGUCAUGCUAGGUGUAUUGUUUUACAUUUUAACUCGAUUAUUACUUGAAGCUUUUGUCGUACAAUGUUCUAUAAACCUCUUGAUGUUUUAGAAAAUGUAACAUUUUAUGUUAGCUAUGGAAUUCAUGGUUCUUGCGGCAAAUUGUGUGCCCUCUAUCAAGAUCUUUUAAAUUUUUAUUUUUAUUUAUUUAUAAAAAAAUGUGUUUAGAACUGUGAGUGCAACUAACUUCUUAAAAGAAA